AUCAGAAAUUAAAAUUACCCCAAAUUGUGUAACUGAGAUUUAUGAAUAAAUUGUGAAUCAAGAUUCCAGAAAUUAACCGGGUGAUUUCCAGAUCAAAUUUAAGUUUGAAUACUAAUGAUUUUUUAAUUAGAUAUAUAUAUUUUAUAAUUAAACAACAAAGUGGUAUUUGAAUUCUUGUUCUCGUAAUUAAAUAAAAGUUCAAUUUAUUGCGAUAUAUUUAAAUUUGAUAUUGUAAAAUUUUAAGUAUGUUAAGUCUAGGCAAAUGUUUUUGUGGUAUAGGUACAAAGAUGAGUCCUAAUUUUACAAUUGGCAAAAGUUUGCUAUUAAGAUCCAAACAACUAUCCAUCACUCGUCAACCAGCCAUCCACAAUACACCAAUGUCAUCAAAUUUAAAUUUAAAUGUGUGGAAAAAAUCUUUUAGUAACAUUCAAAAAGUAGAAACCGAUCCAAAAUAUGUUGGUUAUUGGUUUCUUGGUUGCAGUGGAAUGGUUUUUGUAGCUGUUGCUUUAGGUGGGAUCACCAGGCUGACAGAGUCUGGACUAUCUAUGGUUAGUUGGAAACUUUUAGGUGAAAAAUUGCCUACUACUCAGACUCAGUGGUUGGAAGAAUUCAAUAAAUAUCAACAAUAUCCUGAAUUCAAAAUGAAAAAUUCUUCUAUGACUAUGGAAGAGUUCAAAUGGAUAUGGUGGAUGGAGUAUGCACAUAGGACUUGGGGUCGAUGCAUAGGUGCUGCAUUUUUGAUUCCUAUGACUGGCUUCUGGUUAACUCGUAAAUUCAGUCGAACUACUAAAAUACAUUCUAUGAUUUGUGCUGUAUUGUUAGCAGGACAAGGUUUGAUGGGAUGGUAUAUGGUAAAAUCUGGUCUAGAAGAUAGAUUUGACAAGCCCACAGACGUCCCAAGAGUAUCACAGUACAGAUUGGCUUCCCAUUUGGGUUUAGCAUUUGUAUUGUAUUCAUUUCUUUUAACAAACUCAUUACGCAUCCUCCUACCAGUUACAGUAACUGGAUUUGUUACUAAAAAGUUUGUGGGACUGGCAAUGGCAGCUAAAGGAUUAGUCUUUUUAACCGCUAUGUCUGGUGCAUUUGUGGCCGGUUUAGAUGCUGGAUUGGUUUAUAAUUCUUUUCCAAAAAUGGGUGACAAAUGGAUACCAGAUGAUAUAUUGCAAAUAGAACCUGUACUUAGCAACAUCACGGAGAAUCCUACCACAGUGCAAUUUGACCACAGAAUAUUGGGAAUAAGUACUGUUUCAAUUUUGUCAGCUUUAUAUGUUAUGUCGCGAAAAAGUAAACUGCCUCCAAGAGCUAAAGCGGCUGCCACUACUUUAGCAGCAUUUUCAUGGUGCCAAAUGGGAUUAGGAAUUUCUACACUUCUUACUUAUGUUCCAGUUUCACUAGCUGCUGCUCAUCAGUCAGGGUCACUUACUUUACUUUCACUUGCUUUAUGGCUUGUACAUGAGCUUAAAACAUUACCUAAAAUAUAAAUUAUUAGAUUAAUUUUAGUAUAAUUUAAGAUUAAAAUAAAUAAAGUAAGUAUUUAUAAAUGAUUAAAAAAUUGUUUUUAUACAAGUAUUUAUCACUUAUCAGUUAUCAGUAUCUACAGUAUUUUUUUCAAACGUAAUUAUGUCUGUUUUUAGAAAUAUAAUUGUUUCAUACUAAUUAAUUUUCAAUAGUGGUAUGAAUAAUGUACCUAUUACUUUUUUUAUAAAGAUUGAACAUUGUUUGUGGAAAGCAAACAGGAAUACAGAGGAAGUCAUCUAUUAAAUCUAUUAAUGGAGAAUAGGAAAUCUCCAUUUUUGUAUACUUAGAUCCCAUAUAAUUUGUUUAGAUAUGAUAAAAUUAAGUUGUUCGGCUAUUAAAAAAAAUAAAAAAAACAAGUAGUGGUCAAACAAAUGUAUAUCUAUUUUAUGUAACAUUGGAAAUAUAAACAAUUCAAAUAAUAAUAAAUGUUUUUAAUACA